UAAAAAUUCGAAGGCGAUGGAGUAGUAAGCUGUUAGAACGUGUUUCCGUGACGUCCGUUCGUCUGAAUCUCAACGUACCCUAACCGCCGACGGCGACAAUGCGCCAUUUACCCGUCCUCUGGUUGACGCUAGUCCUGACUGUACUCGUCACAAAUCGGUGCGCAUUUUGCUCACCGACCAUUUCGCAGCUGAAGCAGCUAAUCGAUAUGAUCCUAUUCGAGGACAAACUGCACAAUGACAUACUGUCGGAGAAGGUGAUACUGGAAAAAACCAACGACAAGUUGCCAAAACGAAUCGGUGAAAUGGUGAAGGACCUCAAUAACGUCGACCCGUUGGUGUCACUUCAUGCGCUUCACACACCCCAUCCAUACUAUUCGGGUGAAAACCUGAACGUGAGCCUGACCAUCGUCGGGAAGUCAAUCAUGUGCCUGACGUACAAGCGCGUGGCCUUCCACUUGGCAAUGAUGAUUAGCCUGAUCGAACGUCAAGACCAUGAUCAGUUACAGAUGCGGUUAAAUAUGCUCGGGUACGUCAUCCCUUUUUACAUUGACAUGUUGUCGUCCAUCUUCAGGAAUUAUGAUGACCUGUUGAACGUGUACGAUACGGUAARAGGUGCCAAAUCCGACGAGUUGACAGAAAAGCUGAAAUCUCUAAACGAGGUCAUUAAGUCGUCUUGCGUGGUCAAUGAAAUGAAACUGUACUGCAGUAGUUUU